AUGUCGCAUGGUACUGAAGUAGAAGGCGACUGGGCAGACAAAGAAAUUGCAAACCUCAAUCAACUGAUCGCAAAGGAGGUGAAUGAGAUGAGAGAAGAGGCGGGUCUCACGCGAGUUUCAAAUUCGAUUAACAGAACCCAAUCACCAAGAAAUUUUCUGACCUCAACGUCACCAUCACAAUCACAGCCGCACCAUCAAGCAUAUGUCGCGGAACCCCUAGAAUCACUACAAACAACAGCUGAAUCAAGUUCAUCUCUAAUGCCAGAUAUUCUUGGACAUUCGGGGAGCCUAGAAGCUUACAGCAGAUUCAACUUUGAAGCUCUUCAGCAUGCUCUUCAACAGGUUCUCACUGGAGGUCAAAGAAACGAUAAUAGCAAACGUACUGAUCAAAUGGAAUCAGCAGCAGAAACAGGGGCGAAUAAUCAAGAGUCUGAGCUAGAAGCCGCCUUUCUGAAAGACUCCGAUGAAGAAAAUGAGGGUGUUGAAGAUGAUGGUGACGAAGACUGGGAGGAAUAUUUCGAUUGCGAAGAGAAGUUAAGCGACGAUGAUUACUUCUUAUACGACAUAGAUCUUCGAGAAGGAAUGUCUGAGUACAUAAAUAACCAAGCAGAGCGAAGUUCAGAAGUAGAAGACGAGCCUCAGUUUGCAGCACAUCUAUUUAGCAACCCACUACAAUCACUUGAACACCAGGAGAACAAUCGCGAUGCUAGUCCGCCUAAUUCAAACAAGCCAAACAAGCAAUCAGAAAAGCGUCCUCCCCAAAAGCUAUCCAGGACCUGGGUCACACGCUUCCUGGCCAAGGAAGCCAAGAGCAGACGCCGCCGCAUGCCAAGGGGACCUGGUAGAUUUAUAUACCCAUCUAGCGACAAUGUGCUACUUCUGCUCAUGAAUGGAAUCAAUAUAAAUGGUGCACGACCAACUAGAGGAGAUACUGAACUUUUAAGACACCAGAGACAUCGAAAAUCAGGUCAAUAUGUUUCGUUCUCUAGUCCAUUGAGACACUGCUGGACUUAUAUAUCAUGUGAAGAAGAAACUGGUUAG